GAUGUGACAGAAAGGAAGUAUGAGAAGGUAUUUGUGGGAAAGAUUCCCAUAAUGCUAAGGUCGAGCUACUGUAUGCUGUCGAAUAUGUCCGAUCGUGAUCUUACUGAGCUGAAUGAAUGCCCGCUAGAUCCUGGUGGCUACUUUGUUAUCAAUGGUUCGGAAAAAGUGCUGAUUGCCCAGGAAAAAAUGGCUACGAACACGGUAUACGUGUUUUCCAUGAAAGAUGGGAAGUAUGCUUUCAAAGCAGAGUGCCGGUCUUGCCUGGAGAACUCUAGCCGCCCGACUUCAACUAUGUGGGUCAACAUGAUGGCAAGAAGUGGUGGAGGAGCGAAGAAAACUGCAAUGGGCCAGCGAAUCAUCGCUAUCUUACCGUAUAUCAAACAGGUGUGA